ACUCCGUCUGUUUCGUUUCUUUUACUUAUCUCUCCCGGAAGCACCACAGGUCCAUCAAAUUCAUUAACCCUAGCUCUCUCUCUCUCUCUCUCUCUGGUUAGCUUCUUUCACGUCCCUGUCUACGUUGCGUCUACCGCAACCAUGCCGAAGCAUUACCGCCCUCCGGGAAAGAAAAAAGAAGGGAACGCUGCAAGGUACAUGACGAGAUCCCAAGCAGUCAAGCACCUCCAAGUCACUCUACCUGUUUUCAGGAGAUUAUGCAUUCUCAAAGGUGUAUUUCCACGGGAACCAAAGAAGAAGGUGAAAGGAAAUCACCACACCUAUUAUCAUGUGAAAGAUAUUAUGUUCCUUAAGCAUGAACCUUUACUUGAGAAAUUAAGAGACAUUUGGGCAUAUGAGAAGAAGGUGAAGAAAGCUUUGUCCAAGAAGAACAGGGAUCUUGCUGAACGUCUCUUGACUCGGAAGCCAACUUACACGCUAGAUAGGCUUAUUAGAGAGAGGUACCCAAGUUUCAUUGAUGCAUUAAGGGAUCUGGAUGACUGUCUCACCAUGGUACAUCUGUUUGCUGCCUUACCUGCCAUAGAGCGAGAAAAGAUAGAAGUGAAGCGUAUCCAUAAUUGCCGAAGGUUGGGCCAUGAAUGGCAAGCAUACAUAUCUCAAACUCAUAAGUUGCAGAAAACAUUCAUAUCUGUGAAAGGCAUAUAUUAUCAGGCGGAGGUUGAGGGGCAAAAGAUUACUUGGUUAACUCCUCAUGCAUUGCAACAAGUUGUGCCUGAAGAUGUUGACUACAAUGUUAUGCUUACCUUUUUGGAAUUUUAUGAGACCCUCCUUGCUUUUGUGAAUUUCAAACUUUAUCAUUCAAUUAAUGUGAAGUAUCCGCCCAUUCUUGAUCCUCGAUUGGAAGCUUUAGCAGAAGAGCUUUAUGCCUUGUCAAGAUAUUUGGAUGCUAGUUCUAAAGCCCCAGCACUGGAACCUCAAGCUGUUGGUUCAUCUGGAACUGAGCAAUCUGAGGCCCAGCAAAAGGGCGCAACGCUUGAGGAGUCUGAGCUUAGGUUGGCCCAGCUUCAACAUCAGCUUCCUUCAAAUGAACCUGGUGCAUUGAUGCAUUUGGUGCAAAAUGCUUCUGCUGAAGAUGAAGACGAUGACGAAACAAUGAUGCGUAAAACUCUCUUCAAGAAUAUGAAAUUUUUUUUGAGUCGUGAGGUUCCCAGAGAGUCGUUACUUUUUGUCAUUCCUGCUUUUGGUGGUCUGGUUUCUUGGGAGGGAGAAGGGGCUCCAUUUAUUGAAUCUGACCAGACUAUUACUCAUCAGAUUGUUGACAGGCCAACUCAGGGACGUAGGUUCCUUUCCAGAGAAUAUGUUCAACCACAAUGGGUCUACGAUUGUAUAAAUGCACGCAUCAUAAUUCCAGUUGAUGAAUAUUUGGUGGGAAAGGUUCCUCCACCGCAUUUAUCACCGUUUGUUGACAAUGAGGCAGAGGGUUACAUUCCUGAGUAUGCAGAGACUGUCAGACGGUUGCAGGCUGCUGCAAGGAAAGAAGUCCUUCCAAUGCCAGGUGUUGGGAAAGAAGAUUUAGAUGAUCCUCAAAAUUUACUGGUUGAAGGCAUUGUAAGCAGAACAAAGGCAAUUGAAGCUUCUGAGAAUAAGAAGAAGAUGUCAAUGCACCAGAAGCAGUAUCACGAUGAAUUGAAGAUGGAACUUGAAGGUGCCCAGUACUCUUCUGUCUUGAGUCUGAAUAAGCAGAAGCCUUCCGAGGAAGUAGAGGCUGGGGAAGAAUCUAUUCUUGACUUGCAGCAAGUUGCUGACGAUGCUGCCAACAUGUCCAAAGUUGUCAUGUCUCGUAGAAAGAGGCGGCUCUAUGAAGCCAUGCAGAUCGGCAGAGAGCGGAAACGGUCUCAUAUUGAUCGUCUGAAAGAAAGAAAGAAGAAGCUUGACGAAGCCAAGAAAUCAAACCAAAAUUGAAGCCUUGCAGAUGAUGAUCCCUGGAUGCGCCCAAUUUUGUUAUUAAUUUAAAGCUGUGGUAGACGUUGACUUAUUUUUCUUUUGCAUAUCCCUAUUGAUUUUUGUAAAUUUAACUGGAAUUGCCAUUUUGGUUGUAAUUUCUACAAGUUUUGUUGUGACUUAGAAGGUUGAGUAUUUUUA